AUGGAUCGACGGCAUCUGCGGCGAGGCGUUAAAACUCCGCACGAGGUGAGCAGCGCCGUGAUUCCCGGCGACACCACAGCCUCCGGUUCAAGCGCGUCAUUCGUGGCCGUUGAUUUCCGACAUCCGAUGCAGAAUUCACUCAAGAGCGUGUCCGCCGCGACGGCCGUGCAUGAUGGCUCCAUGCCCGCCGAACGCUGGCCCUUGUUGUGUAGUGCCGUCAGCAGCAAUACGAGCGGCAGCACGAGCACGAUAGACGCAGCGCACCUCGAAACCGCCGCGGCUCGGCCGUCAUUCGACGCCAAUUUGCAGCGGAUACUGGACAACUCGUCGCUCGACAAAAUCUGGAGCGCCGCGGAACCGAAUCCUGUCCGCGGAAACUUCCCUCCCUUCUCCGCGCAGCGCCGCCUGCCCGCGCGCUCGCUGCGCGGAGACCCGCCUGGCGGUCCCUCAGGGCCGCUCCCCAUUGCGCCGGCUCCGAGGCUGUGGGGCUCAGCGAGCGCGCAUCGCCUUCCCACCGCGGGCUUUCUUCCCGUCGUCCCCGAGGCCUUGGCGGCCGUGGCGAGCGGCUCGAGUCCCGUGCACGGCCUCGUGUCGCUGCCCGACCGCCUUCACGGCCUCUUCGCCUCCACUGACUUUCCGCCUUCCGCUCAGUUACCCCCCAGCGUGCAUGUCGCCGCCUCCCGCGCUGCCGCUCACAUAGCCCCGUUACCCGCCGCGUCGUUGAUGCUGCCGCCAAAGGAGCCGCGAGCUCGCGGGACCGAUGACAUGUCUGCAGCCUCGACGGACGCGCGCCGGGAGAGCGAUUCGGCAGCCACGCUCGCAGCGCCGUUGGCGACGUCGCCGAGCGCGCCGCUGGCGGCGGGGUUUGCGACAGCUGCGGGCGCUGGUCGUCACGGCGGCAACGGCGCGUCAAGGUGGCGGCGGCGAUUGGAGCAGCACGGCGAGCCCGUCACCACCGCCAGCGGCGGUGCGCCGUUCGCGGCGAAGGCAGGCACAACGUGGGCCUUCCCCUCGGCGGAGCGGCUGAUAGUAGCAGCGCAAGGUGCGGCAGGCAGCGGAGCGGAAGUGGCAGCGAAUGCAUCAGAGGGGAUUCCCGAGGCAGCGGCGGACGAGAGCCUGCCGCGCGCGCUGGAUCUCGCAGGUGGGGGAAUGGAGUGCGCGGAGGGGGAGGGGGGUUUGGAGGGCACGGGCGGAGGCGGGGGAAUGGAGGGUGUGGUGGAGAGCUGGGGCACGUGGGACACGGCGUGGGGCGUGAUGGGGAUGGACGCGGGGGUGAGCAGCGGCAGCUCUGGCUUGGGCAUGAUGGAUAUUAGCACACUCAUGGGCUUGGGCGCGGGCGCGGGCAUGGGCACGGGGAUGGGCACGGGGAUGGGGGUUGGCACUGGGAUGGGCACGGGGAUGGGGAUGGACAUUGAGGCGGCGGUGGAGAUGGAGAUCCGAUGCGCGGAGGAGCUGCUCAAACGCACCGCCAUGGUGGGCCACGCCGAAGCGCCGGCCAUCGUGUCCGAGAGCGGGCGCGAGGGCGAGGCGCUUCCAGCAGAGGCUAUGGUUCCGGUGGUGGAGGGCGAGGAUCCAGCAGGGAGCAUGGCGGACCCCGCGCCGCACCCUCUCGCCGUCGCUGCAGCGCAAGCACCGCCCGCAUCUGGCGGCGACGCGCCCUCUCCUGCCGCUUCCCCAGAAGUCGUGCGCCUCUCCCGCCGCAACAAGUCGUCCGCGGCGCAUCUGCCGUCAUCAGCGGACGCAGCGCUGAUGCAGGCGAUGGAGCUCGACCGCCUCGAGCACGACGCGGCCAUGGCGCGCCUCACCGCCAUGGCCGCAGCUCACGCCGUCAACCGCGCUCUGCCUCCCGCCCCGCCCCUUGCUUCCACCCUCCCAUCCUCAACCUCCCCCAGUACCCGCCUUUCCGCUGCACCCUCUUCCGCUGCGCGAGCGACUGACGCCAUUAUGGCAGCCGUGCCCGCCUCCGCCCUGCCCGCCGCCAUGCCCGCUGCGAUGCCCACCGCCGUGCCCGCCUCCAUGUCCGCCGCCGUGCCCGACGGCGAAAUGGAUGCUCAGUUCCUGCCCGCCCUCGACUUCCCCUCUCGCCCCAAGCGCGCCAAGCCGCUCCACCCGCCCGUGCUGCCCGCAGCUGGCGCUCCUUCCGCCAGCCAAGAAGCCGUCUCAUUGGCGGAGGCCUUCCGCAUGGAGGCGCUCCGAGCAGGCUGGGGGGAGGAGGAGGGGGAGGGGGAAGGGGAGGGGGAAGGGGAGGAGGAGAUGCAGGAGAGUGGCGGGCAAGGCGUGGAGGUGCGGCGGGGCGGGGAAGGGGGAGCGGAAGCAGGGGGGGAAUGCACGAUGUGUGGUGCCUCCAGCGGUCAGACGAGCGCGCAGGGGGGCACUGGGGAAGGGGACGGGGGAGCAGUAGACCCAGCACUGCCCGGGGGCUCGGAGGGGCAAGCGGAGGGGGGUGGCGCGGCGGAAGAGCGGGGGAGGGAAGCGGCGAUGGAGGGGGGACUGGCCCAUGAGCAUAGCCAUGCAGCGGUGUGUGUUGAUGGCGCGCAUGGCGCUGCUGCUGCGGCUAGGGCAACGGCGCGCAGUGCGGAGGAGUACCCGGGCUCGGGAGGCGGUGGCACGGGCAGGCAGAGCGUGCUGGAGGUGAGGCAGCAGCGCGCAGCAGCAGCAGCAGCAGCAGCAGCAUGGGGGACCCCAGCAGGGGCGGCAGGGGGGACUCCAGCAGGGGCGGCAGGGGGCGUGGCUGCUAGUGGAGGGGACGGAAAGCCAGUCGUGGUGACUGCAGCAGCAGCAGCGUGUGCAGGGCGCGCUGGAGGAGCGAUCUUUGACCCUUGGGUCCCCACCCGCACCACCACGUUCACUGCCGCCCACCUGCCGGGCAGUGCCCCAGCCACGCACGAGCUGCUGGCGCGGCGGUUUGCAGCGAAUCAAGAGCGCUCCGCCCUGCCUGCUGUGUCGCCAGAGGUGCAGCAGCUAUUUGCCCGCCGCCACACCGUCGUCAGGCAGAUAUGGUAUCCGACGCAGAGCACGACGAAACGGGUGCGAGGCGCAGCGGAAUCAGGCACGAUUAUGGAGGAGGGCGGGGGAGAGGCGGGAGGGGCGAAGGGUGGGCAAGGGGACGCGGGGAAAAAAGGACAUGGAUGCGAGGAGCGGGGAAAGGAGGCAGAGGCUGUGACGGAGGGGCAGGCGAGCGGGGGAUUGGCGGGGAGCGAGGAGACUGCGCGGGGGGGUGGUAGCGCGCGGGAUGGCUGUGGCGCGCGCGAUACAUACGCGCAAGGCGGAGGAAACGAGAGGGCGAGGGAGGAGGUGAAGCAAGAGAUGGUGGAGGUGGCGAUGCAAGGCGGCGGGUAUGAGAGCGCACGAGCUUAUGUGCAGCAGGGAGGGGAGCAUGGGGGGCAGCAUGGGGGAGAGAAGGUGAGAUGGGGGGAGAAAACGUCAGGAGAGCAGGCAUCCGAUGCAAGGGCAUGUGAGCAGUUGCUGCAGCGAGGCAGCAAGAGAGGGGACAAAGGGGAGAGGCAGGAGGUGAGGCAAAGGAGCAGUGCAUCUGGGGGAGGCGAGGGAAGGGGAGCAGAUGUGGCAAGGAGCUGCCCAUGUCCUCUCAACCCCGUGCCGGGCUCAACUGACAACCCCAUGCCAUGCCCACCCCAUCAUUCUAUGCCAUGCGCGGACGCGCCUGUGCCUCAGGAACAGCAGGCUGAAGGUGGCCGCGAUAUCCCUGGCUGCUCCCCACAGGGCCUGGUUGCAGAGGCAGAGAGAAGAGGUGGUGAUCCGUCUCCCUCUCGUGCUGCGACCGCUCAUGGGAAUGACGCAGGUGCUGCUGCUGGUGCGGACCCUCCCGCGCCUCCUCUCAACAGCACUCCACUGCCACGUCAGCAGGAGGUUCCACGUCAGCAACAGCCCAGUUGCAACACGUCAGCACAAGUAGAGCCAGGCAAUGUCACAGGCACGAAUGAGGAAGCAAGGGAUGGAGAGGCUGUUGCUGUUCCAUACCAUGUGCUUGCCCCUCGUGUCUUUACAGAAUUGCAAGGGCUGCUGAUGGAUACCCACGUGGCUCUUGAGGACCUGGGAGCAGUUGUAAAUGAGGCGGUCAUGACGUGGCAUCCUGACGUGCGUGCAAUGGCGCGAGAGAACGUGUGGGAUGCGGCAAAGGGGACGGUUGCGAGGGUGGAAGGGAAGUCUAACAAGGCUCUUAAAGCCGUGUCGAUCGCCAUGGAGGAGGAGGCGAUAGAGAGAGCCGUGCUGGCGUAUCUGCGUCGCAAGGGCUACAAAAAUGCUGAGCUGGCGUUUAAAGACGACUCUAAGACCCAGUCGCUCGAUGCGCUCGUUACGGUUGGCGGGAAGGCCGCAGCUGCUGAGCUGGACAAGAAUCUAGCCAAUCAGAUUAUGCUUUACAGCAGGUCCGAGAAGGCUCCAGCAUGCUAUGUGGAAGGCUAUCGGAAGCUUCGCGCGUGGGUGCAUUCGUCCCUGGACCUCUAUAAGAACGAGUUACUGCGAGUGCUGUACCCAGUCUUCGUCCACGCCUUCCUCGAGCUCGUCGCACAGGACCACCCCGAGGCGGCACGCGCGCUGAUGGAGGCGCACGGCGCGGACCACGCGCGCCUGCACGCCAGCGACCUCGCGCAGCUCGCGGGCAUCAGCUCCGCGCAGCACGCCCAGGAGAGCGCACUGGCGCGCGCCUUCCGCGAGAACAAGGCCGUCAUCCGCAUGUGCCAGUUUCCCGAGCUGCAGUUUCCCGAGCUGCAGUUUCCCGAGCUGCAGUUUCCCGAGCUGCAGUUUCCCGAGCUGCAGUUUCCCGAGCUGCAGUUUCCCGAGCUGCAGUUUCCCGAGCUGCAGUUUCCCGAGCUGCAGUUUCCCGAGCUGCAGUUUCCCGAGCUGCAGUUUCCCGAGCUGCAGUUUCCCGAGCUGCAGUUUCCCGAGCUGCAGUUUCCCGAGCUGCAGUUUCCCGAGCUGCAGUUUCCCGAGCUGCAGUUUCCCGAGCUGCAGUUUCCCGAGCUGCAGUUUCCCGAGCUGCAGUUUCCCGAGCUGCAGUUUCCCGAGCUGCAGUUUCCCGAGCUGCAGUUUCCCGAGCUGCAGUUUCCCGAGCUGCAGUUUCCCGAGCUGCAGUUUCCCGAGCUGCAGUUUCCCGAGCUGCAGUUUCCCGAGCUGCAGUUUCCCGAGCUGCAGUUUCCCGAGCUGCAGUUUCCCGAGCUGCAGUUUCCCGAGCUGCAGUUUCCCGAGCUGCAGUUUCCCGAGCUGCAGUUUCCCGAGCUGCAGUUUCCCGAGCUGCAGUUUCCCGAGCUGCAGUUUCCCGAGCUGCAGUUUCCCGAGCUGCAGUUUCCCGAGCUGCAGUUUCCCGAGCUGCAGUUUCCCGAGCUGCAGUUUCCCGAGCUGCAGUUUCCCGAGCUGCAGUUUCCCGAGCUGCAGUUUCCAACUGCAGUUUCUAGCUGCAGUUUCCAACUGCAGUUUCUAGCUGCAUUUCCCGAGCUGCAGUUUCCCGAGCUGCAGUUUCCCGAGCUGCAGUUUCCCGAGCUGCAGUUUCCCGAGCUGCAGUUUCCCGAGCUGCAGUUUCCCGAGCUGCAGUUUCCCGAGCUGCAGUUUCCCGAGCUGCAGUUUCCCGAGCUGCAGUUUCCCGAGCUGCAGUUUCCCGAGCUGCAGUUUCCCGAGCUGCAGUUUCCCGAGCUGCAGUUUCCCGAGCUGCAGUUUCCCGAGCUGCAGUUUCCCGAGCUGCAGUUUCCCGAGCUGCAGUUUAUAGCUGCAUUUCCCGAGCUGCAGUUUCCCGAGCUGCAGUUUCCCGAGCUGCAGUUUCCCGAGCUGCAGUUUCCCGAGCUGCAGUUUCCCGAGCUGCAGUUUCCCGAGCUGCAGUUUCCCGAGCUGCAGUUUCCCGAGCUGCAGUUUCCCGAGCUGCAGUUUCCCGAGCUGCAGUUUCCCGAGCUGCAGUUUCCCGAGCUGCAGUUUCCCGAGCUGCAGUUUCCCGAGCUGCAGUUUCCCGAGCUGCAGUUUCCCGAGCUGCAGUUUCCCGAGCUGCAGUUUCCCGAGCUGCAGUUUCCAACUGCAGUUUCUAGCUGCAGUUUCCAACUGCAGUUUCUAGCUGCAUUUCCCGAGCUGCAGUUUCCCGAGCUGCAGUUUCCCGAGCUGCAGUUUCCCGAGCUGCAGUUUCCCGAGCUGCAGUUUCCCGAGCUGCAGUUUCCCGAGCUGCAGUUUCCCGAGCUGCAGUUUCCCGAGCUGCAGUUUCCCGAGCUGCAGUUUCCCGAGCUGCAGUUUCCCGAGCUGCAGUUUCCCGAGCUGCAGUUUCCCGAGCUGCAGUUUCCCGAGCUGCAUUUCCGAGCUGCAGUUUCUGAGCUGCAGUUUCCCGAGCUGCAGUUUCCCGAGCUGCAGUUUCCCGAGCUGCAGUUUCCCGAGCUGCAGUUUCCCGAGCUGCAGUUUCCCGAGCUGCAGUUUCCCGAGCUGCAGUUUCCCGAGCUGCAGUUUCCCGAGCUGCAGUUUCCCGAGCUGCAGUUUCCCGAGCUGCAGUUUCCCGAGCUGCAGUUUCCCGAGCUGCAGUUUCCCGAGCUGCAGUUUCCCGAGCUGCAGUUUCCCGAGCUGCAGUUUCCCGAGCUGCAGUUUCCCGAGCUGCAGUUUCCCGAGCUGCAGUUUCCCGAGCUGCAGUUUCCCGAGCUGCAGUUUCCCGAGCUGCAGUUUCCCGAGCUGCAGUUUCCCGAGCUGCAGUUUCCCGAGCUGCAGUUUCCCGAGCUGCAGUUUCCCGAGCUGCAGUUUCCCGAGCUGCAGUUUCCCGAGCUGCAGUUUCCCGAGCUGCAGUUUCCCGAGCUGCAGUUUCCCGAGCUGCAGUUUCCCGAGCUGCAGUUUCCCGAGCUGCAGUUUCCCGAGCUGCAGUUUCCCGAGCUGCAGUUUCCCGAGCUGCAGUUUCCCGAGCUGCAGUUUCCCGAGCUGCAGUUUCCCGAGCUGCAGUUUCCCGAGCUGCAGUUUCCCGAGCUGCAGUUUCCCGAGCUGCAGUUUCCCGAGCUGCAGUUUCCCGAGCUGCAGUUUCCCGAGCUGCAGUUUCCCGAGCUGCAGUUUCCCGAGCUGCAGUUUCCCGAGCUGCAGUUUCCCGAGCUGCAGUUUCCCGAGCUGCAGUUUCCCGAGCUGCAGUUUCCCGAGCUGCAGUUUCCCGAGCUGCAGUUUCCCGAGCUGCAGUUUCCCGAGCUGCAGUUUCCCGAGCUGCAGUUUCCCGAGCUGCAGUUUCCCGAGCUGCAGUUUCCCGAGCUGCAGUUUCCCGAGCUGCAGUUUCCCGAGCUGCAGUUUCCCGAGCUGCAGUUUCCCGAGCUGCAGUUUCCCGAGCUGCAGUUUCCCGAGCUGCAGUUUCCCGAGCUGCAGUUUCCCGAGCUGCAGUUUCCCGAGCUGCAGUUUCCCGAGCUGCAGUUUCCCGAGCUGCAGUUUCCCGAGCUGCAGUUUCCCGAGCUGCAGUUUCCCGAGCUGCAGUUUCCCGAGCUGCAGUUUCCCGAGCUGCAGUUUCCCGAGCUGCAGUUUCCCGAGCUGCAGUUUCCCGAGCUGCAGUUUCCCGAGCUGCAGUUUCCCGAGCUGCAGUUUCCCGAGCUGCAGUUUCCCGAGCUGCAGUUUCCCGAGCUGCAGUUUCCCGAGCUGCAGUUUCCCGAGCUGCAGUUUCCCGAGCUGCAGUUUCCCGAGCUGCAGUUUCCCGAGCUGCAGUUUCCCGAGCUGCAGUUUCCCGAGCUGCAGUUUCCCGAGCUGCAGUUUCCCGAGCUGCAGUUUCCCGAGCUGCAGUUUCCCGAGCUGCAGUUUCCCGAGCUGCAGUUUCCCGAGCUGCAGUUUCCCGAGCUGCAGUUUCCCGAGCUGCAGUUUCCCGAGCUGCAGUUUCCCGAGCUGCAGUUUCCCGAGCUGCAGUUUCCCGAGCUGCAGUUUCCCGAGCUGCAGUUUCCCGAGCUGCAGUUUCCCGAGCUGCAGUUUCCCGAGCUGCAGUUUCCCGAGCUGCAGUUUCCCGAGCUGCAGUUUCCCGAGCUGCAGUUUCCCGAGCUGCAGUUUCCCGAGCUGCAGUUUCCCGAGCUGCAGUUUCCCGAGCUGCAGUUUCCCGAGCUGCAGUUUCCCGAGCUGCAGUUUCCCGAGCUGCAGUUUCCCGAGCUGCAGUUUCCCGAGCUGCAGUUUCCCGAGCUGCAGUUUCCCGAGCUGCAGUUUCCCGAGCUGCAGUUUCCCGAGCUGCAGUUUCCCGAGCUGCAGUUUCCCGAGCUGCAGUUUCCCGAGCUGCAGUUUCCCGAGCUGCAGUUUCCCGAGCUGCAGUUUCCCGAGCUGCAGUUUCCCGAGCUGCAGUUUCCCGAGCUGCAGUUUCCCGAGCUGCAGUUUCCCGAGCUGCAGUUUCCCGAGCUGCAGUUUCCCGAGCUGCAGUUUCCCGAGCUGCAGUUUCCCGAGCUGCAGUUUCCCGAGCUGCAGUUUCCCGAGCUGCAGUUUCCCGAGCUGCAGUUUCCCGAGCUGCAGUUUCCCGAGCUGCAGUUUCCCGAGCUGCAGUUUCCCGAGCUGCAGUUUCCCGAGCUGCAGUUUCCCGAGCUGCAGUUUCCCGAGCUGCAGUUUCCCGAGCUGCAGUUUCCCGAGCUGCAGUUUCCCGAGCUGCAGUUUCCCGAGCUGCAGUUUCCCGAGCUGCAGUUUCCCGAGCUGCAGUUUCCCGAGCUGCAGUUUCCCGAGCUGCAGUUUCCCGAGCUGCAGUUUCCCGAGCUGCAGUUUCCCGAGCUGCAGUUUCCCGAGCUGCAGUUUCCCGAGCUGCAGUUUCCCGAGCUGCAGUUUCCCGAGCUGCAGUUUCCCGAGCUGCAGUUUCCCGAGCUGCAGUUUCCCGAGCUGCAGUUUCCCGAGCUGCAGUUUCCCGAGCUGCAGUUUCCCGAGCUGCAGUUUCCCGAGCUGCAGUUUCCCGAGCUGCAGUUUCCCGAGCUGCAGUUUCCCGAGCUGCAGUUUCCCGAGCUGCAGUUUCCCGAGCUGCAGUUUCCCGAGCUGCAGUUUCCCGAGCUGCAGUUUCCCGAGCUGCAGUUUCCCGAGCUGCAGUUUCCCGAGCUGCAGUUUCCCGAGCUGCAGUUUCCCGAGCUGCAGUUUCCCGAGCUGCAGUUUCCCGAGCUGCAGUUUCCCGAGCUGCAGUUUCCCGAGCUGCAGUUUCCCGAGCUGCAGUUUCCCGAGCUGCAGUUUCCCGAGCUGCAGUUUCCCGAGCUGCAGUUUCCCGAGCUGCAGUUUCCCGAGCUGCAGUUUCCCGAGCUGCAGUUUCCCGAGCUGCAGUUUCCCGAGCUGCAGUUUCCCGAGCUGCAGUUUCCCGAGCUGCAGUUUCCCGAGCUGCAGUUUCCCGAGCUGCAGUUUCCCGAGCUGCAGUUUCCCGAGCUGCAGUUUCCCGAGCUGCAGUUUCCCGAGCUGCAGUUUCCCGAGCUGCAGUUUCCCGAGCUGCAGUUUCCCGAGCUGCAGUUUCCCGAGCUGCAGUUUCCCGAGCUGCAGUUUCCCGAGCUGCAGUUUCCCGAGCUGCAGUUUCCCGAGCUGCAGUUUCCCGAGCUGCAGUUUCCCGAGCUGCAGUUUCCCGAGCUGCAGUUUCCCGAGCUGCAGUUUCCCGAGCUGCAGUUUCCCGAGCUGCAGUUUCCCGAGCUGCAGUUUCCCGAGCUGCAGUUUCCCGAGCUGCAGUUUCCCGAGCUGCAGUUUCCCGAGCUGCAGUUUCCCGAGCUGCAGUUUCCCGAGCUGCAGUUUCCCGAGCUGCAGUUUCCCGAGCUGCAGUUUCCCGAGCUGCAGUUUCCCGAGCUGCAGUUUCCCGAGCUGCAGUUUCCCGAGCUGCAGUUUCCCGAGCUGCAGUUUCCCGAGCUGCAGUUUCCCGAGCUGCAGUUUCCCGAGCUGCAGUUUCCCGAGCUGCAGUUUCCCGAGCUGCAGUUUCCCGAGCUGCAGUUUCCCGAGCUGCAGUUUCCCGAGCUGCAGUUUCCCGAGCUGCAGUUUCCCGAGCUGCAGUUUCCCGAGCUGCAGUUUCCCGAGCUGCAGUUUCCCGAGCUGCAGUUUCCCGAGCUGCAGUUUCCCGAGCUGCAGUUUCCCGAGCUGCAGUUUCCCGAGCUGCAGUUUCCCGAGCUGCAGUUUCCCGAGCUGCAGUUUCCCGAGCUGCAGUUUCCCGAGCUGCAGUUUCCCGAGCUGCAGUUUCCCGAGCUGCAGUUUCCCGAGCUGCAGUUUCCCGAGCUGCAGUUUCCCGAGCUGCAGUUUCCCGAGCUGCAGUUUCCCGAGCUGCAGUUUCCCGAGCUGCAGUUUCCCGAGCUGCAGUUUCCCGAGCUGCAGUUUCCCGAGCUGCAGUUUCCCGAGCUGCAGUUUCCCGAGCUGCAGUUUCCCGAGCUGCAGUUUCCCGAGCUGCAGUUUCCCGAGCUGCAGUUUCCCGAGCUGCAGUUUCCCGAGCUGCAGUUUCCCGAGCUGCAGUUUCCCGAGCUGCAGUUUCCCGAGCUGCAGUUUCCCGAGCUGCAGUUUCCCGAGCUGCAGUUUCCCGAGCUGCAGUUUCCCGAGCUGCAGUUUCCCGAGCUGCAGUUUCCCGAGCUGCAGUUUCCCGAGCUGCAGUUUCCCGAGCUGCAGUUUCCCGAGCUGCAGUUUCCCGAGCUGCAGUUUCCCGAGCUGCAGUUUCCCGAGCUGCAGUUUCCCGAGCUGCAGUUUCCCGAGCUGCAGUUUCCCGAGCUGCAGUUUCCCGAGCUGCAGUUUCCCGAGCUGCAGUUUCCCGAGCUGCAGUUUCCCGAGCUGCAGUUUCCCGAGCUGCAGUUUCCCGAGCUGCAGUUUCCCGAGCUGCAGUUUCCCGAGCUGCAGUUUCCCGAGCUGCAGUUUCCCGAGCUGCAGUUUCCCGAGCUGCAGUUUCCCGAGCUGCAGUUUCCCGAGCUGCAGUUUCCCGAGCUGCAGUUUCCCGAGCUGCAGUUUCCCGAGCUGCAGUUUCCCGAGCUGCAGUUUCCCGAGCUGCAGUUUCCCGAGCUGCAGUUUCCCGAGCUGCAGUUUCCCGAGCUGCAGUUUCCCGAGCUGCAGUUUCCCGAGCUGCAGUUUCCCGAGCUGCAGUUUCCCGAGCUGCAGUUUCCCGAGCUGCAGUUUCCCGAGCUGCACUUCCCGAGCUGCACUUUCCGAGCUGCAUUUCCCGAGCUGCAGUUUCCCGAGCUGCAGUUUCCCGAGCUGCAGUUUCCCGAGCUGCAGUUUCCCGAGCUGCAGUUUCCCGAGCUGCAGUUUCCCGAGCUGCAGUUUCCCGAGCUGCAGUUUCCCGAGCUGCAGUUUCCCGAGCUGCAGUUUCCCGAGCUGCAGUUUCCCGAGCUGCAGUUUCCCGAGCUGCAGUUUCCCGAGCUGCAGUUUCCCGAGCUGCAGUUUCCCGAGCUGCAGUUUCCCGAGCUGCAGUUUCCCGAGCUGCAGUUUCCCGAGCUGCAGUUUCCCGAGCUGCAGUUUCCCGAGCUGCAGUUUCCCGAGCUGCAGUUUCCCGAGCUGCAGUUUCCCGAGCUGCAGUUUCCCGAGCUGCAGUUUCCCGAGCUGCAGUUUCCCGAGCUGCAGUUUCCCGAGCUGCAGUUUCCCGAGCUGCAGUUUCCCGAGCUGCAGUUUCCCGAGCUGCAGUUUCCCGAGCUGCAGUUUCCCGAGCUGCAGUUUCCCGAGCUGCAGUUUCCCGAGCUGCAGUUUCCCGAGCUGCAGUUUCCCGAGCUGCAGUUUCCCGAGCUGCAGUUUCCCGAGCUGCAGUUUCCCGAGCUGCAGUUUCCCGAGCUGCAGUUUCCCGAGCUGCAGUUUCCCGAGCUGCAGUUUCCCGAGCUGCAGUUUCCCGAGCUGCAGUUUCCCGAGCUGCAGUUUCCCGAGCUGCAGUUUCCCGAGCUGCAGUUUCCCGAGCUGCAGUUUCCCGAGCUGCAGUUUCCCGAGCUGCAGUUUCCCGAGCUGCAGUUUCCCGAGCUGCAGUUUCCCGAGCUGCAGUUUCCCGAGCUGCAGUUUCCCGAGCUGCAGUUUCCCGAGCUGCAGUUUCCCGAGCUGCAGUUUCCCGAGCUGCAGUUUCCCGAGCUGCAGUUUCCCGAGCUGCAGUUUCCCGAGCUGCAGUUUCCCGAGCUGCAGUUUCCCGAGCUGCAGUUUCCCGAGCUGCAGUUUCCCGAGCUGCAGUUUCCCGAGCUGCAGUUUCCCGAGCUGCAGUUUCCCGAGCUGCAGUUUCCCGAGCUGCAGUUUCCCGAGCUGCAGUUUCCCGAGCUGCAGUUUCCCGAGCUGCAGUUUCCCGAGCUGCAGUUUCCCGAGCUGCAGUUUCCCGAGCUGCAGUUUCCCGAGCUGCAGUUUCCCGAGCUGCAGUUUCCCGAGCUGCAGUUUCCCGAGCUGCAGUUUCCCGAGCUGCAGUUUCCCGAGCUGCAGUUUCCCGAGCUGCAGUUUCCCGAGCUGCAGUUUCCCGAGCUGCAGUUUCCCGAGCUGCAGUUUCCCGAGCUGCAGUUUCCCGAGCUGCAGUUUCCCGAGCUGCAGUUUCCCGAGCUGCAGUUUCCCGAGCUGCAGUUUCCCGAGCUGCAGUUUCCCGAGCUGCAGUUUCCCGAGCUGCAGUUUCCCGAGCUGCAGUUUCCCGAGCUGCAGUUUCCCGAGCUGCAGUUUCCCGAGCUGCAGUUUCCCGAGCUGCAGUUUCCCGAGCUGCAGUUUCCCGAGCUGCAGUUUCCCGAGCUGCAGUUUCCCGAGCUGCAGUUUCCCGAGCUGCAGUUUCCCGAGCUGCAGUUUCCCGAGCUGCAGUUUCCCGAGCUGCAGUUUCCCGAGCUGCAGUUUCCCGAGCUGCAGUUUCCCGAGCUGCAGUUUCCCGAGCUGCAGUUUCCCGAGCUGCAGUUUCCCGAGCUGCAGUUUCCCGAGCUGCAGUUUCCCGAGCUGCAGUUUCCCGAGCUGCAGUUUCCCGAGCUGCAGUUUCCCGAGCUGCAGUUUCCCGAGCUGCAGUUUCCCGAGCUGCAGUUUCCCGAGCUGCAGUUUCCCGAGCUGCAGUUUCCCGAGCUGCAGUUUCCCGAGCUGCAGUUUCCCGAGCUGCAGUUUCCCGAGCUGCAGUUUCCCGAGCUGCAGUUUCCCGAGCUGCAGUUUCCCGAGCUGCAGUUUCCCGAGCUGCAGUUUCCCGAGCUGCAGUUUCCCGAGCUGCAGUUUCCCGAGCUGCAGUUUCCCGAGCUGCAGUUUCCCGAGCUGCAGUUUCCCGAGCUGCAGUUUCCCGAGCUGCAGUUUCCCGAGCUGCAGUUUCCCGAGCUGCAGUUUCCCGAGCUGCAGUUUCCCGAGCUGCAGUUUCCCGAGCUGCAGUUCCCGAGCUGCAUUUCCCGAGCUGCAUUUCCCGAGCUGCAGUUUCCCGAGCUGCAGUUUCCCGAGCUGCAGUUUCCCGAGCUGCAGUUUCCCGAGCUGCAGUUUCCCGAGCUGCAGUUUCCCGAGCUGCAGUUUCCCGAGCUGCAGUUUCCCGAGCUGCAGUUUCCCGAGCUGCAGUUUCCCGAGCUGCAGUUUCCCGAGCUGCAGUUUCCCGAGCUGCAGUUUCCCGAGCUGCAGUUUCCCGAGCUGCAGUUUCCCGAGCUGCAGUUUCCCGAGCUGCAGUUUCCCGAGCUGCAGUUUCCCGAGCUGCAGUUUCCCGAGCUGCAGUUUCCCGAGCUGCAGUUUCCCGAGCUGCAGUUUCCCGAGCUGCAGUUUCCCGAGCUGCAGUUUCCCGAGCUGCAGUUUCCCGAGCUGCAGUUUCCCGAGCUGCAGUUUCCCGAGCUGCAGUUUCCCGAGCUGCAGUUUCCCGAGCUGCAGUUUCCCGAGCUGCAGUUUCCCGAGCUGCAGUUUCCCGAGCUGCAGUUUCCCGAGCUGCAGUUUCCCGAGCUGCAGUUUCCCGAGCUGCAGUUUCCCGAGCUGCAGUUUCCCGAGCUGCAGUUUCCCGAGCUGCAGUUUCCCGAGCUGCAGUUUCCCGAGCUGCAGUUUCCCGAGCUGCAGUUUCCCGAGCUGCAGUUUCCCGAGCUGCAGUUUCCCGAGCUGCAGUUUCCCGAGCUGCAGUUUCCCGAGCUGCAGUUUCCCGAGCUGCAGUUUCCCGAGCUGCAGUUUCCCGAGCUGCAGUUUCCCGAGCUGCAGUUUCCCGAGCUGCAGUUUCCCGAGCUGCAGUUUCCCGAGCUGCAGUUUCCCGAGCUGCAGUUUCCCGAGCUGCAGUUUCCCGAGCUGCAGUUUCCCGAGCUGCAGUUUCCCGAGCUGCAGUUUCCCGAGCUGCAGUUUCCCGAGCUGCAGUUUCCCGAGCUGCAGUUUCCCGAGCUGCAGUUUCCCGAGCUGCAGUUUCCCGAGCUGCAGUUUCCCGAGCUGCAGUUUCCCGAGCUGCAGUUUCCCGAGCUGCAGUUUCCCGAGCUGCAGUUUCCCGAGCUGCAGUUUCCCGAGCUGCAGUUUCCCGAGCUGCAGUUUCCCGAGCUGCAGUUUCCCGAGCUGCAGUUUCCCGAGCUGCAGUUUCCCGAGCUGCAGUUUCCCGAGCUGCAGUUUCCCGAGCUGCAGUUUCCCGAGCUGCAGUUUCCCGAGCUGCAGUUUCCCGAGCUGCAGUUUCCCGAGCUGCAGUUUCCCGAGCUGCAGUUUCCCGAGCUGCAGUUUCCCGAGCUGCAGUUUCCCGAGCUGCAGUUUCCCGAGCUGCAGUUUCCCGAGCUGCAGUUUCCCGAGCUGCAGUUUCCCGAGCUGCAGUUUCCCGAGCUGCAGUUUCCCGAGCUGCAGUUUCCCGAGCUGCAGUUUCCCGAGCUGCAGUUUCCCGAGCUGCAGUUUCCCGAGCUGCAGUUUCCCGAGCUGCAGUUUCCCGAGCUGCAGUUUCCCGAGCUGCAGUUUCCCGAGCUGCAGUUUCCCGAGCUGCAGUUUCCCGAGCUGCAGUUUCCCGAGCUGCAGUUUCCCGAGCUGCAGUUUCCCGAGCUGCAGUUUCCCGAGCUGCAGUUUCCCGAGCUGCAGUUUCCCGAGCUGCAGUUUCCCGAGCUGCAGUUUCCCGAGCUGCAGUUUCCCGAGCUGCAGUUUCCCGAGCUGCAGUUUCCCGAGCUGCAGUUUCCCGAGCUGCAGUUUCCCGAGCUGCAGUUUCCCGAGCUGCAGUUUCCCGAGCUGCAGUUUCCCGAGCUGCAGUUUCCCGAGCUGCAGUUUCCCGAGCUGCAGUUUCCCGAGCUGCAGUUUCCCGAGCUGCAGUUUCCCGAGCUGCAGUUUCCCGAGCUGCAGUUUCCCGAGCUGCAGUUUCCCGAGCUGCAGUUUCCCGAGCUGCAGUUUCCCGAGCUGCAGUUUCCCGAGCUGCAGUUUCCCGAGCUGCAGUUUCCCGAGCUGCAGUUUCCCGAGCUGCAGUUUCCCGAGCUGCAGUUUCCCGAGCUGCAGUUUCCCGAGCUGCAGUUUCCCGAGCUGCAGUUUCCCGAGCUGCAGUUUCCCGAGCUGCAGUUUCCCGAGCUGCAGUUUCCCGAGCUGCAGUUUCCCGAGCUGCAGUUUCCCGAGCUGCAGUUUCCCGAGCUGCAGUUUCCCGAGCUGCAGUUUCCCGAGCUGCAGUUUCCCGAGCUGCAGUUUCCCGAGCUGCAGUUUCCCGAGCUGCAGUUUCCCGAGCUGCAGUUUCCCGAGCUGCAGUUUCCCGAGCUGCAGUUUCCCGAGCUGCAGUUUCCCGAGCUGCAGUUUCCCGAGCUGCAGUUUCCCGAGCUGCAGUUUCCCGAGCUGCAGUUUCCCGAGCUGCAGUUUCCCGAGCUGCAGUUUCCCGAGCUGCAGUUUCCCGAGCUGCAGUUUCCCGAGCUGCAGUUUCCCGAGCUGCAGUUUCCCGAGCUGCAGUUUCCCGAGCUGCAGUUUCCCGAGCUGCAGUUUCCCGAGCUGCAGUUUCCCGAGCUGCAGUUUCCCGAGCUGCAGUUUCCCGAGCUGCAGUUUCCCGAGCUGCAGUUUCCCGAGCUGCAGUUUCCCGAGCUGCAGUUUCCCGAGCUGCAGUUUCCCGAGCUGCAGUUUCCCGAGCUGCAGUUUCCCGAGCUGCAGUUUCCCGAGCUGCAGUUUCCCGAGCUGCAGUUUCCCGAGCUGCAGUUUCCCGAGCUGCAGUUUCCCGAGCUGCAGUUUCCCGAGCUGCACUUCCCGAGCUGCAUUUCCCGAGCUGCAUUUCCCGAGCUGCAGUUUCCCGAGCUGCAGUUUCCCGAGCUGCAGUUUCCCGAGCUGCAGUUUCCCGAGCUGCAGUUUCCCGAGCUGCAGUUUCCCGAGCUGCAGUUUCCCGAGCUGCAGUUUCCCGAGCUGCAGUUUCCCGAGCUGCAGUUUCCCGAGCUGCAGUUUCCCGAGCUGCAGUUUCCCGAGCUGCAGUUUCCCGAGCUGCAGUUUCCCGAGCUGCAGUUUCCCGAGCUGCAGUUUCCCGAGCUGCAGUUUCCCGAGCUGCAGUUUCCCGAGCUGCAGUUUCCCGAGCUGCAGUUUCCCGAGCUGCAGUUUCCCGAGCUGCAGUUUCCCGAGCUGCAGUUUCCCGAGCUGCAGUUUCCCGAGCUGCAGUUUCCCGAGCUGCAGUUUCCCGAGCUGCAGUUUCCCGAGCUGCAGUUUCCCGAGCUGCAGUUUCCCGAGCUGCAGUUUCCCGAGCUGCAGUUUCCCGAGCUGCAGUUUCCCGAGCUGCAGUUUCCCGAGCUGCAGUUUCCCGAGCUGCAGUUUCCCGAGCUGCAGUUUCCCGAGCUGCAGUUUCCCGAGCUGCAGUUUCCCGAGCUGCAGUUUCCCGAGCUGCAGUUUCCCGAGCUGCAGUUUCCCGAGCUGCAGUUUCCCGAGCUGCAGUUUCCCGAGCUGCAGUUUCCCGAGCUGCAGUUUCCCGAGCUGCAGUUUCCCGAGCUGCAGUUUCCCGAGCUGCAGUUUCCCGAGCUGCAGUUUCCCGAGCUGCAGUUUCCCGAGCUGCAGUUUCCCGAGCUGCAGUUUCCCGAGCUGCAGUUUCCCGAGCUGCAGUUUCCCGAGCUGCAGUUUCCCGAGCUGCAGUUUCCCGAGCUGCAGUUUCCCGAGCUGCAGUUUCCCGAGCUGCAGUUUCCCGAGCUGCAGUUUCCCGAGCUGCAGUUUCCCGAGCUGCAGUUUCCCGAGCUGCAGUUUCCCGAGCUGCAGUUUCCCGAGCUGCAGUUUCCCGAGCUGCAGUUUCCCGAGCUGCAGUUUCCCGAGCUGCAGUUUCCCGAGCUGCAGUUUCCCGAGCUGCAGUUUCCCGAGCUGCAGUUUCCCGAGCUGCAGUUUCCCGAGCUGCAGUUUCCCGAGCUGCAGUUUCCCGAGCUGCAGUUUCCCGAGCUGCAGUUUCCCGAGCUGCAGUUUCCCGAGCUGCAGUUUCCCGAGCUGCAGUUUCCCGAGCUGCAGUUUCCCGAGCUGCAGUUUCCCGAGCUGCAGUUUCCCGAGCUGCAGUUUCCCGAGCUGCAGUUUCCCGAGCUGCAGUUUCCCGAGCUGCAGUUUCCCGAGCUGCAGUUUCCCGAGCUGCAGUUUCCCGAGCUGCAGUUUCCCGAGCUGCAGUUUCCCGAGCUGCAGUUUCCCGAGCUGCAGUUUCCCGAGCUGCAGUUUCCCGAGCUGCAGUUUCCCGAGCUGCAGUUUCCCGAGCUGCAGUUUCCCGAGCUGCAGUUUCCCGAGCUGCAGUUUCCCGAGCUGCAGUUUCCCGAGCUGCAGUUUCCCGAGCUGCAGUUUCCCGAGCUGCAGUUUCCCGAGCUGCAGUUUCCCGAGCUGCAGUUUCCCGAGCUGCAGUUUCCCGAGCUGCAGUUUCCCGAGCUGCAGUUUCCCGAGCUGCAGUUUCCCGAGCUGCAGUUUCCCGAGCUGCAGUUUCCCGAGCUGCAGUUUCCCGAGCUGCAGUUUCCCGAGCUGCAGUUUCCCGAGCUGCAGUUUCCCGAGCUGCAGUUUCCCGAGCUGCAGUUUCCCGAGCUGCAGUUUCCCGAGCUGCAGUUUCCCGAGCUGCAGUUUCCCGAGCUGCAGUUUCCCGAGCUGCAGUUUCCCGAGCUGCAGUUUCCCGAGCUGCAGUUUCCCGAGCUGCAGUUUCCCGAGCUGCAGUUUCCCGAGCUGCAGUUUCCCGAGCUGCAGUUUCCCGAGCUGCAGUUUCCCGAGCUGCAGUUUCCCGAGCUGCAGUUUCCCGAGCUGCAGUUUCCCGAGCUGCAGUUUCCCGAGCUGCAGUUUCCCGAGCUGCAGUUUCCCGAGCUGCAGUUUCCCGAGCUGCAGUUUCCCGAGCUGCAGUUUCCCGAGCUGCAGUUUCCCGAGCUGCAGUUUCCCGAGCUGCAGUUUCCCGAGCUGCAGUUUCCCGAGCUGCAGUUUCCCGAGCUGCAGUUUCCCGAGCUGCAGUUUCCCGAGCUGCAGUUUCCCGAGCUGCAGUUUCCCGAGCUGCAGUUUCCCGAGCUGCAGUUUCCCGAGCUGCAGUUUCCCGAGCUGCAGUUUCCCGAGCUGCAGUUUCCCGAGCUGCAGUUUCCCGAGCUGCAGUUUCCCGAGCUGCAGUUUCCCGAGCUGCAGUUUCCCGAGCUGCAGUUUCCCGAGCUGCAGUUUCCCGAGCUGCAGUUUCCCGAGCUGCAGUUUCCCGAGCUGCAGUUUCCCGAGCUGCAGUUUCCCGAGCUGCAGUUUCCCGAGCUGCAGUUUCCCGAGCUGCAGUUUCCCGAGCUGCAGUUUCCCGAGCUGCAGUUUCCCGAGCUGCAGUUUCCCGAGCUGCAGUUUCCCGAGCUGCAGUUUCCCGAGCUGCAGUUUCCCGAGCUGCAGUUUCCCGAGCUGCAGUUUCCCGAGCUGCAGUUUCCCGAGCUGCAGUUUCCCGAGCUGCAGUUUCCCGAGCUGCAGUUUCCCGAGCUGCAGUUUCCCGAGCUGCAGUUUCCCGAGCUGCAGUUUCCCGAGCUGCAGUUUCCCGAGCUGCAGUUUCCCGAGCUGCAGUUUCCCGAGCUGCAGUUUCCCGAGCUGCAGUUUCCCGAGCUGCAGUUUCCCGAGCUGCAGUUUCCCGAGCUGCAGUUUCCCGAGCUGCAGUUUCCCGAGCUGCAGUUUCCCGAGCUGCAGUUUCCCGAGCUGCAGUUUCCCGAGCUGCAGUUUCCCGAGCUGCAGUUUCCCGAGCUGCAGUUUCCCGAGCUGCAGUUUCCCGAGCUGCAGUUUCCCGAGCUGCAGUUUCCCGAGCUGCAGUUUCCCGAGCUGCAGUUUCCCGAGCUGCAGUUUCCCGAGCUGCAGUUUCCCGAGCUGCAGUUUCCCGAGCUGCAGUUUCCCGAGCUGCAGUUUCCCGAGCUGCAGUUUCCCGAGCUGCAGUUUCCCGAGCUGCAGUUUCCCGAGCUGCAGUUUCCCGAGCUGCAGUUUCCCGAGCUGCAGUUUCCCGAGCUGCAGUUUCCCGAGCUGCAGUUUCCCGAGCUGCAGUUUCCCGAGCUGCAGUUUCCCGAGCUGCAGUUUCCCGAGCUGCAGUUUCCCGAGCUGCAGUUUCCCGAGCUGCAGUUUCCCGAGCUGCAGUUUCCCGAGCUGCAGUUUCCCGAGCUGCAGUUUCCCGAGCUGCAGUUUCCCGAGCUGCAGUUUCCCGAGCUGCAGUUUCCCGAGCUGCAGUUUCCCGAGCUGCAGUUUCCCGAGCUGCAGUUUCCCGAGCUGCAGUUUCCCGAGCUGCAGUUUCCCGAGCUGCAGUUUCCCGAGCUGCAGUUUCCCGAGCUGCAGUUUCCCGAGCUGCAGUUUCCCGAGCUGCAGUUUCCCGAGCUGCAGUUUCCCGAGCUGCAGUUUCCCGAGCUGCAGUUUCCCGAGCUGCAGUUUCCCGAGCUGCAGUUUCCCGAGCUGCAGUUUCCCGAGCUGCAGUUUCCCGAGCUGCAGUUUCCCGAGCUGCAGUUUCCCGAGCUGCAGUUUCCCGAGCUGCAGUUUCCCGAGCUGCAGUUUCCCGAGCUGCAGUUUCCCGAGCUGCAGUUUCCCGAGCUGCAGUUUCCCGAGCUGCAGUUUCCCGAGCUGCAGUUUCCCGAGCUGCAGUUUCCCGAGCUGCAGUUUCCCGAGCUGCAGUUUCCCGAGCUGCAGUUUCCCGAGCUGCAGUUUCCCGAGCUGCAGUUUCCCGAGCUGCAGUUUCCCGAGCUGCAGUUUCCCGAGCUGCAGUUUCCCGAGCUGCAGUUUCCCGAGCUGCAGUUUCCCGAGCUGCAGUUUCCCGAGCUGCAGUUUCCCGAGCUGCAGUUUCCCGAGCUGCAGUUUCCCGAGCUGCAGUUUCCCGAGCUGCAGUUUCCCGAGCUGCAGUUUCCCGAGCUGCAGUUUCCCGAGCUGCAGUUUCCCGAGCUGCAGUUUCCCGAGCUGCAGUUUCCCGAGCUGCAGUUUCCCGAGCUGCAGUUUCCCGAGCUGCAGUUUCCCGAGCUGCAGUUUCCCGAGCUGCAGUUUCCCGAGCUGCAGUUUCCCGAGCUGCAGUUUCCCGAGCUGCAGUUUCCCGAGCUGCAGUUUCCCGAGCUGCAGUUUCCCGAGCUGCAGUUUCCCGAGCUGCAGUUUCCCGAGCUGCAGUUUCCCGAGCUGCAGUUUCCCGAGCUGCAGUUUCCCGAGCUGCAGUUUCCCGAGCUGCAGUUUCCCGAGCUGCAGUUUCCCGAGCUGCAGUUUCCCGAGCUGCAGUUUCCCGAGCUGCAGUUUCCCGAGCUGCAGUUUCCCGAGCUGCAGUUUCCCGAGCUGCAGUUUCCCGAGCUGCAGUUUCCCGAGCUGCAGUUUCCCGAGCUGCAGUUUCCCGAGCUGCAGUUUCCCGAGCUGCAGUUUCCCGAGCUGCAGUUUCCCGAGCUGCAGUUUCCCGAGCUGCAGUUUCCCGAGCUGCAGUUUCCCGAGCUGCAGUUUCCCGAGCUGCAGUUUCCCGAGCUGCAGUUUCCCGAGCUGCAGUUUCCCGAGCUGCAGUUUCCCGAGCUGCAGUUUCCCGAGCUGCAGUUUCCCGAGCUGCAGUUUCCCGAGCUGCAGUUUCCCGAGCUGCAGUUUCCCGAGCUGCAGUUUCCCGAGCUGCAGUUUCCCGAGCUGCAGUUUCCCGAGCUGCAGUUUCCCGAGCUGCAGUUUCCCGAGCUGCAGUUUCCCGAGCUGCAGUUUCCCGAGCUGCAGUUUCCCGAGCUGCAGUUUCCCGAGCUGCAGUUUCCCGAGCUGCAGUUUCCCGAGCUGCAGUUUCCCGAGCUGCAGUUUCCCGAGCUGCAGUUUCCCGAGCUGCAGUUUCCCGAGCUGCAGUUUCCCGAGCUGCAGUUUCCCGAGCUGCAGUUUCCCGAGCUGCAGUUUCCCGAGCUGCAGUUUCCCGAGCUGCAGUUUCCCGAGCUGCAGUUUCCCGAGCUGCAGUUUCCCGAGCUGCAGUUUCCCGAGCUGCAGUUUCCCGAGCUGCAGUUUCCCGAGCUGCAGUUUCCCGAGCUGCAGUUUCCCGAGCUGCAGUUUCCCGAGCUGCAGUUUCCCGAGCUGCAGUUUCCCGAGCUGCAGUUUCCCGAGCUGCAGUUUCCCGAGCUGCAGUUUCCCGAGCUGCAGUUUCCCGAGCUGCAGUUUCCCGAGCUGCAGUUUCCCGAGCUGCAGUUUCCCGAGCUGCAGUUUCCCGAGCUGCAGUUUCCCGAGCUGCAGUUUCCCGAGCUGCAGUUUCCCGAGCUGCAGUUUCCCGAGCUGCAGUUUCCCGAGCUGCAGUUUCCCGAGCUGCAGUUUCCCGAGCUGCAGUUUCCCGAGCUGCAGUUUCCCGAGCUGCAGUUUCCCGAGCUGCAGUUUCCCGAGCUGCAGUUUCCCGAGCUGCAGUUUCCCGAGCUGCAGUUUCCCGAGCUGCAGUUUCCCGAGCUGCAGUUUCCCGAGCUGCAGUUUCCCGAGCUGCAGUUUCCCGAGCUGCAGUUUCCCGAGCUGCAGUUUCCCGAGCUGCAGUUUCCCGAGCUGCAGUUUCCCGAGCUGCAGUUUCCCGAGCUGCAGUUUCCCGAGCUGCAGUUUCCCGAGCUGCAGUUUCCCGAGCUGCAGUUUCCCGAGCUGCAGUUUCCCGAGCUGCAGUUUCCCGAGCUGCAGUUUCCCGAGCUGCAGUUUCCCGAGCUGCAGUUUCCCGAGCUGCAGUUUCCCGAGCUGCAGUUUCCCGAGCUGCAGUUUCCCGAGCUGCAGUUUCCCGAGCUGCAGUUUCCCGAGCUGCAGUUUCCCGAGCUGCAGUUUCCCGAGCUGCAGUUUCCCGAGCUGCAGUUUCCCGAGCUGCAGUUUCCCGAGCUGCACUUUCCCGAGCUGCACUUCACCGAGCUGCAGUUUCCCGAGCUGCAGUUUCCCGAGCUGCAGUUUCCCGAGCUGCAGUUUCCCGAGCUGCAGUUUCCCGAGCUGCAGUUUCCCGAGCUGCAGUUUCCCGAGCUGCAGUUUCCCGAGCUGCAGUUUCCCGAGCUGCAGUUUCCCGAGCUGCAGUUUCCCGAGCUGCAGUUUCCCGAGCUGCAGUUUCCCGAGCUGCAGUUUCCCGAGCUGCAGUUUCCCGAGCUGCAGUUUCCCGAGCUGCAGUUUCCCGAGCUGCAGUUUCCCGAGCUGCAGUUUCCCGAGCUGCAGUUUCCCGAGCUGCAGUUUCCCGAGCUGCAGUUUCCCGAGCUGCAGUUUCCCGAGCUGCAGUUUCCCGAGCUGCAGUUUCCCGAGCUGCAGUUUCCCGAGCUGCAGUUUCCCGAGCUGCAGUUUCCCGAGCUGCAGUUUCCCGAGCUGCAGUUUCCCGAGCUGCAGUUUCCCGAGCUGCAGUUUCCCGAGCUGCAGUUUCCCGAGCUGCAGUUUCCCGAGCUGCAGUUUCCCGAGCUGCAGUUUCCCGAGCUGCAGUUUCCCGAGCUGCAGUUUCCCGAGCUGCAGUUUCCCGAGCUGCAGUUUCCCGAGCUGCAGUUUCCCGAGCUGCAGUUUCCCGAGCUGCAGUUUCCCGAGCUGCAGUUUCCCGAGCUGCAGUUUCCCGAGCUGCAGUUUCCCGAGCUGCAGUUUCCCGAGCUGCAGUUUCCCGAGCUGCAGUUUCCCGAGCUGCAGUUUCCCGAGCUGCAGUUUCCCGAGCUGCAGUUUCCCGAGCUGCAGUUUCCCGAGCUGCAGUUUCCCGAGCUGCAGUUUCCCGAGCUGCAGUUUCCCGAGCUGCAGUUUCCCGAGCUGCAGUUUCCCGAGCUGCAGUUUCCCGAGCUGCAGUUUCCCGAGCUGCAGUUUCCCGAGCUGCAGUUUCCCGAGCUGCAGUUUCCCGAGCUGCAGUUUCCCGAGCUGCAGUUUCCCGAGCUGCAGUUUCCCGAGCUGCAGUUUCCCGAGCUGCAGUUUCCCGAGCUGCAGUUUCCCGAGCUGCAGUUUCCCGAGCUGCAGUUUCCCGAGCUGCAGUUUCCCGAGCUGCAGUUUCCCGAGCUGCAGUUUCCCGAGCUGCAGUUUCCCGAGCUGCAGUUUCCCGAGCUGCAGUUUCCCGAGCUGCAGUUUCCCGAGCUGCAGUUUCCCGAGCUGCAGUUUCCCGAGCUGCAGUUUCCCGAGCUGCAGUUUCCCGAGCUGCAGUUUCCCGAGCUGCAGUUUCCCGAGCUGCAGUUUCCCGAGCUGCAGUUUCCCGAGCUGCAGUUUCCCGAGCUGCAGUUUCCCGAGCUGCAGUUUCCCGAGCUGCAGUUUCCCGAGCUGCAGUUUCCCGAGCUGCAGUUUCCCGAGCUGCAGUUUCCCGAGCUGCAGUUUCCCGAGCUGCAGUUUCCCGAGCUGCAGUUUCCCGAGCUGCAGUUUCCCGAGCUGCAGUUUCCCGAGCUGCAGUUUCCCGAGCUGCAGUUUCCCGAGCUGCAGUUUCCCGAGCUGCAGUUUCCCGAGCUGCAGUUUCCCGAGCUGCAGUUUCCCGAGCUGCAGUUUCCCGAGCUGCAGUUUCCCGAGCUGCAGUUUCCCGAGCUGCAGUUUCCCGAGCUGCAGUUUCCCGAGCUGCAGUUUCCCGAGCUGCAGUUUCCCGAGCUGCAGUUUCCCGAGCUGCAGUUUCCCGAGCUGCAGUUUCCCGAGCUGCAGUUUCCCGAGCUGCAGUUUCCCGAGCUGCAGUUUCCCGAGCUGCAGUUUCCCGAGCUGCAGUUUCCCGAGCUGCAGUUUCCCGAGCUGCAGUUUCCCGAGCUGCAGUUUCCCGAGCUGCAGUUUCCCGAGCUGCAGUUUCCCGAGCUGCAGUUUCCCGAGCUGCAGUUUCCCGAGCUGCAGUUUCCCGAGCUGCAGUUUCCCGAGCUGCAGUUUCCCGAGCUGCAGUUUCCCGAGCUGCAGUUUCCCGAGCUGCAGUUUCCCGAGCUGCAGUUUCCCGAGCUGCAGUUUCCCGAGCUGCAGUUUCCCGAGCUGCAGUUUCCCGAGCUGCAGUUUCCCGAGCUGCAGUUUCCCGAGCUGCAGUUUCCCGAGCUGCAGUUUCCCGAGCUGCAGUUUCCCGAGCUGCAGUUUCCCGAGCUGCAGUUUCCCGAGCUGCAGUUUCCCGAGCUGCAGUUUCCCGAGCUGCAGUUUCCCGAGCUGCAGUUUCCCGAGCUGCAGUUUCCCGAGCUGCAGUUUCCCGAGCUGCAGUUUCCCGAGCUGCAGUUUCCCGAGCUGCAGUUUCCCGAGCUGCAGUUUCCCGAGCUGCAGUUUCCCGAGCUGCAGUUUCCCGAGCUGCAGUUUCCCGAGCUGCAGUUUCCCGAGCUGCAGUUUCCCGAGCUGCAGUUUCCCGAGCUGCAGUUUCCCGAGCUGCAGUUUCCCGAGCUGCAGUUUCCCGAGCUGCAGUUUCCCGAGCUGCAGUUUCCCGAGCUGCAGUUUCCCGAGCUGCAGUUUCCCGAGCUGCAGUUUCCCGAGCUGCAGUUUCCCGAGCUGCAGUUUCCCGAGCUGCAGUUUCCCGAGCUGCAGUUUCCCGAGCUGCAGUUUCCCGAGCUGCAGUUUCCCGAGCUGCAGUUUCCCGAGCUGCAGUUUCCCGAGCUGCAGUUUCCCGAGCUGCAGUUUCCCGAGCUGCAGUUUCCCGAGCUGCAGUUUCCCGAGCUGCAGUUUCCCGAGCUGCAGUUUCCCGAGCUGCAGUUUCCCGAGCUGCAGUUUCCCGAGCUGCAGUUUCCCGAGCUGCAGUUUCCCGAGCUGCAGUUUCCCGAGCUGCAGUUUCCCGAGCUGCAGUUUCCCGAGCUGCAGUUUCCCGAGCUGCAGUUUCCCGAGCUGCAGUUUCCCGAGCUGCAGUUUCCCGAGCUGCAGUUUCCCGAGCUGCAGUUUCCCGAGCUGCAGUUUCCCGAGCUGCAGUUUCCCGAGCUGCAGUUUCCCGAGCUGCAGUUUCCCGAGCUGCAGUUUCCCGAGCUGCAGUUUCCCGAGCUGCAGUUUCCCGAGCUGCAGUUUCCCGAGCUGCAGUUUCCCGAGCUGCAGUUUCCCGAGCUGCAGUUUCCCGAGCUGCAGUUUCCCGAGCUGCAGUUUCCCGAGCUGCAGUUUCCCGAGCUGCAGUUUCCCGAGCUGCAGUUUCCCGAGCUGCAGUUUCCCGAGCUGCAGUUUCCCGAGCUGCAGUUUCCCGAGCUGCAGUUUCCCGAGCUGCAGUUUCCCGAGCUGCAGUUCCUCAAGCUCUCCCUCUCUCCGCCCCCCUUCCCCCCGCGCCGCCUCCCUCCCCUUCUCUUGCGCGCAGUGCACGCGGGGCGGCCAGCAGCGCAGGAGGAGGAGGAGGACGAGGCAACGGGCAUGGUGUCAAGCGCAGGGGCGGACGGGGGCGGCAUGGGGGGGGGCAUGCUGGCGGGGGUGGUGACGGGGGCGACACACGAGGCAAUGAAGCGCAUGGGGCAGCGCGAGGUGCUGUGGGGCGCGCUGGAGGACGGGGUGGAGCACCGGCUGGAGCAGGAGCGGGAGAGGGAGGCUGAGAGGGAGGAGGGCGACGAGGGCGAAGGGGAGGACGGCAAGGUGAGAUGCGUGCAUGUGGGUGGUGCGGGCAAGUGGGGGGCAGUGGGGGCAGGGGGGCCCGCUGGAGGAAAAGGGGGGAAGGCGGGGGAGGGCAAGGGGGCGGGCGGGGCUGCUGCAGUGACUGGCACGCGCGUGGCAUCGCACCUGCCUCUCCCCAAGAUGAGGGAGGAGGCGGAGAAGCAGGUGUUUGACGACUUGAGGCGUCGUGUGGCGCUGGGGGCGCAGGCACUGCCGUCCGUGUGCUGCUACACGCUGCUGCAUGCACACCCCAGUGGUGCCGUGCACGCAACCUCCUUCAGCCCGUCGGACGACCGCUUCCUGCUCUCCGCCUCUGCCGAUGCCUCGGUGCGCCUGUGGCACCUGGGGCUGGGCGCGUGCCUGGUGGCGUACCGCGCGCACUGCUACCCCGUGUGGGACGUGCAGCACUCCCCCGUGGGGCACUACUUUGCCACGGCGUCGUACGACCGCACGGCGCGCGUGUGGAGCAUGGAGAGAUCUUAUCCUCUCCGCAUCAUGGCGGGUCACCUCUCUGACGUGCACGCGGUGCGGUGGCACGCCAACUGCAACUACAUCGCCACAUGCUCCAGCGACAAGACGCUGCGCCUGUGGGACGUGCAGACCGGCGAGUGCUGCCGAGUCUUUGCCGCCCACCGCUCGCCCGUGUACGCACUCGCCACGUCCCCGGACGGCCGCUUCCUGGCGUCGGGGGAUGAGGGCGGCACUGUGCUGCUGUGGGACCUGGGCACGGGCCGCUGUAUUGCGCCCUUGCUCGGCCACACUGGUUGCGUGUGGACGCUAGCUUUCAGUGGCGAGUCGGCAGUGCUGGCGUCGGGGGCAGCGGACGACACGGUGCGGCUGUGGGACGUCGCUGCUGCCAGCAAGCUCGCGCCCAACGAGGCCAAAACAUCGGUGGGGCGCCGCCUGCGCCUCCUCAAGACCUUCCCCACCAAGUCAACACCCAUCUCCGCCCUGCAGGUAUCCAUCCCCCACUCUCCGCCCGCUCAUCUCUCCUCAAUCCACCUCAAAGUGGGUGCCUCCGUUCAUUUCAACUCGCCCUGCAAUUCCCAAUCCCCGCCCCCUCUCGACCUCCCCUCCCCAUCCUCGCUUCCACCACACCCCUCUCGGCAGUUCACGCGCCGCAACCUGCUUGUGGCAGCUGGGGCCUUCAAACACUCCGAUUCCACACCUUGA